AGAUCGAGCAGACGACCACGCGCCGCCCGGCCGCGUCCCCGCCCUCCUCUUCUUCUCAGCCGGCAGUUGGAGUGGCCGCACGCCCACCACCCGCGCCGGCACGCCGCGCGGCCGCGCCCGCUCCCGACGGCCCGAGGCUCUUCCUCCGAGGCUUCUCGGCGGUUGGAGCCGCACCGCCCGCACGCGGCACGCCCACGCUGGCACGCCGCGCUCGACCCCCCCAGAGCACUGCCUGGACCCCUAGUUUUGGUUAGGUAUGUCCAUUGCACCGAUGCCCUAUUUCUGAUUAGUACAAGCGCCUAUGUCCAGUGUGUCCUACUCCUACUUUGAAUGUCAUGUGACGAAUUGAGAUGUUCUGGAAAUUUAGAUGUGCACCCCACCCAUUAAUUUAUAGAGGUUUUGAUGCAUUGUGAAUGUUUUAUUUAGGCAGCAAUGGCGAAAUAGCAGGUGAUGCGGUUCUUCUUUAAAAGCAAAUUUUGAUUCUAGCAUUGGUGGAAAAUGUGAAUCGAAGGCAUAAUCAUUUUCUUUCUCGAUUGUUUCCUUUUUACAUAUCGGAAGUUUCUUCAGUUAGUAUGCAGUCUGGUUCAAAGUUCGUCAAGAUUAUAGUGCCGGCUAGGAGGCUAUCAGCAUCUAUCAGUGGCACAACUGUGGGUUCUAGUAAGAAAGUGCGCGGUGCUGAAAAGCUUGCUCUGCUGGUCCAAAGCUGUGCAGAUGUUCGGUCUCUAAAGAAGCUGCAUGCUCGUGUUUUGGCACACGGACUUGGCUGGGAUGCGAUCCUUGGAUCUAAGAUCCUUGGCUUGUAUGCACAUUUAGGCGCCUUGCCUGAUUCAAGGCUUGUUUUCCAGAGUAUUGUGAAUGGCGAUCUUGCCCUUUGGAAUUCUGCCAUGGUUGAUUAUUUCAGAGCUGGUUACUUGGAGGAAGUUAUUCUUUUGUACAGGAGGCUGAAGUUGCAUCAACUUUGUUUGAAUGAGAAAAGUAUUAUAUUUGGUUUGAAGAGUUGCACUCAGCUCAGGAAUUUGUUUUUGGGCAAAGGAAUGCAUGUAGAUUCACUGAAGCUUGGCCUGAGUGGGGAUAAAUUUGUCGGUUCCUCGCUGGUUGGGUUAUACUCCAAGCUUGGCAAGAUUGAUGAUUCACAGCGAGUGUUUGAAGAGAUCUUUGACAAGGAUAUUGUUGCUUACACUUCAAUGAUCUCUGGCUAUUCUGAUGUAGUGGAUUCGUCUGCGUGGAAUGCAUUCGAAAUUGCCAGUGAAAUGAUAAGGAAUAGCUUGGAAGUAAACCGUGUGACACUGGUAAGCUUAUUGCAAGUUGCUGGGAAUUUGGAAGCCUUCCGGCUGGGUAAAUCAAUGCACUGCUAUGCCAUAAGGAGAGGAAUUGGCGUCUCAGAUGAAGUCCUAGAGACAAGUCUUGUUGACAUGUAUGCUCGAUGUGGAGCUUAUCAAUUAGCGUAUGCUCUUUUGAACAAUUCAAAGGGAACCGUGGCUUCGUGGAAUGCUGUGCUUUCUGGUCUUACUAGAACUCAAGAGAGUAGGGAUGCAAUCCAGUAUUUUUCUGUUAUGCUGCAUCAUCAUAAAGUAACUCCAGAUUCAGUAACCUUUGCAAAUGUGCUUUCUGCUUGUGCUGAAUUAUGCUAUUGUGGCUAUGCUGCUAGUAUUCAUGCCUACUUGAUCAGAAGAACUAUAGCCCUGGAUCUUGUUUUGGCCACUGCUCUUAUUGAGGUGUACUCCAAGUGCAAAAGAGUUGUGAGAUCCAGGCAUCUCUUUGAUCAACUGACGGUUAAAGAUUUAGUCUCCUAUAACGUGAUGAUACAUGGUUAUCUGCAAAACGGCCUGGCAGAUGAAGCCACCACAUUACUCAAUGAAAUGAUGAAAGAAUGUAUUGCACCAAAUUCUGCAACUGUUGUUUGCCUGCUCGCAGCUUUUGCUGAUCAAAGGGAUUUAGUAAGAGGAAGGUGGAUUCACGGAUUUGCAAUUAGACAUGGCUUUUCUUCAGAUGUGGACAUUGCAAAUCAAAUUCUGCAUAUGUAUUCAAUUUGCAGAGAAAUUGUCGCGACAAAGAUUGUAUUUGACUCAUUGGAAAAGAAAAACUUGUUUUCAUGGACAGCCAUGAUGAAGGGGUGCUUAUCUUUUGGGCGUGCAGAUGAGGUUGUUCGAUUAUGUCAAUUAAUGCAGCAACACGGGGAGAAGCCCGAUUCUGUCACUCUUAUGUAUGCAGUUCAGGCUGUUUCUGAGCUUGGACAUCUGAAGGGUGUAAAAGAAAUUCAAUGCUUUGUUUACCAUGCCUCCAUGGAGAAAGAUACGAUUACCGCAAAUUCUUUGAUAACUGCAUAUGCUAAAUGUGGAAGGUUGGAUAUGUCAGAAGCUCUUUUCUUCAGUAUGGAACACAAAAACCUGGAUUCAUGGAAUGCGGUGAUCAGUGCUUAUGGGAUGCAUGGAUUUUAUCUUAAGGUUCUUGAAAUUUUUCAGCAAAUGGAAGAUGAAAAAAUUAAGCCUGAUGAGUUAACAUUCACUUCUGUGCUUUCUGCCUGCAGUCAUGCUGGCCUUGUUAAGGAGGGUUGGUGUAUUUUUCAGUCAAUGAUUUCGCUGUAUUCAGUUCAUCCACAAGAAGAGCACUAUGGUUGCAUAGUUGACUUAUUGGGUCGGGCAGGACAUUUAGAAGAAGGAUACAAAUUCAUAAAGCUAUUGUCGUUGACUGAUAAAUCGAGCAUGUAUUGUGCUCUCCUCUCUGCUUGCAGAACAUAUGGAAAUACACUGCUUGGGCAUAUUAUAAGCAAAGAGCUCCUUGAGCACGGACCACAGGACCCAGGUACUUAUGCUUUGAUUUCAGAAGUGUAUGCACAGGAAGGACAGUGGAAUGAAUCUGCUAAUUUAAGGGCUAGCGCUAACGGAAGUGAUUCAAAGAAACUUCCUGGCUCUAGUUUGAUGGAAUCAGUCUAGGAAGUAGGGAGGGUGUUUUGGAGCCCAAGCACACAUGCCCCUGCAAUCUGGAUUGCUGGAAGUCGAGUCGAGGUCUGUAGAGGAAGGUGGAAAAUGGAGUUUUGCUGGAUCCUGUUGACAGGUAAAGUGAUGCAUCAAGCAUUUGCCUCCCUAUUCAGGCAUAUCUCGUAUUCUCAGGGAGAUGCAACCAGGUUCCCUUUUCUUGAAGCGAUGGGGGGAUAGUGAGACCCUAACCGAUCCAUGCGAUACAGUCGACACCAGCGCCGUCGGUGGAACCGCAGCAGAGCCUUCAUCAGUAGGACUAUUGCAGAUGAUUGGAAUGAUCCGCGAACAGCCGGCGAGAUUGGAAGGGGGCUCUGACUGUUGUCGCGGGAACGGCAGAACCCAGUGUCAAAAUUCCCUGUUGGACGAAGAGAAUUAGAGUUGGGGUUGGUUCCGCCAGACAGGGCCCCUUGUCCGAGCAGAGCAGGCACCCUGGAGAAAUCAACAGGGGGAUUCGCAGAGAAGAGAGAACCCGAAAGAAAAUGUCAUCAGACCUGCUCUUGGGAGAAUUAUUUUGGAAUCAGAUACGGGAAAAGGAGGCUGAAUGUCACAGAUGACAAAAUGCAUGCAGAAAGUAGUGUGUGUUUGCGGGGAAGCUGGGUGACCAGAACACACGCUCAUGCUGGACAUACUGUGAUUUCGUUUUCCAGUGAUUUCGUGGACAAGUUAGAAAGAUAAGGAUAUGCGUCCAUGCUGAACAUAUUUUUAGAACUUUUUGCCUGAUGGUUGGUAGUUGGCUGACUUAAAUAUAUGUUCUGUGAACAAGGAUGCUUUUGCAGAUUCAAAUUCAUGUAUGCCAGAACUAACGAUUGAACGGGCUGUGCAGGUUUGGACCUUACAUGUGUCAUCUGCGAUUCAAAAUUUAAAAUUUGAAUGCAUGUAUGACCCUAUUUGAAUUCCUGGGAGAGAAACCUGGGUAGGAUAUGAGCUUCGGUGAAGUGUGGCAGACAUAGUUAGCAAGCUAGCAUGAAUCAAAGGGAAAUGGACUGUUGUGUUUUCUUACUUUUGGAGAUGUACUGGCUUUGCAGCCAAGCACCUCUUCACAGUAAUACGAGUAGACCAUGCUCGAUUUGCAUGAACAAUGGCCUGCCAGAGAUAUGAGAUGUAAUUUAUUUAUU